AUGACAACAAAAAUCUAUCAACCAUUUGUCAUGAUUUUUAUCCCUUGUACUCCUGGGGUGAAAAGUGGUGGUGAGAGAAGGACUUGCUUGUUGCUGCUGGUUCAUCGGCAUAUUCUUAAGUUUUCUUUCGUUUUUGUAGGUUUGUUUCAUUUUUCUUUCUUUCUUUCUUUCUUUCUUUCUUUCUUUCUUUGUGCCAUUUUGAGCAACAUCUUUCUAUUCAAGAAUAUUGUUGAAAUGAAGACAGACAUUUAUUCUUCUUUUUUGUUCUUUCUUUCUUCUUCAAUGUUCUCUUUCUUUCCUUCCUUUCAUUUUCUUCACUAUUUUUCUUUUUCUCUUUUUAUCAUUCCUUUCUUUUUCAAUUUUUUCAUCCCCCUUUUUUCAUUCAUUUCUUUCUUUCGCCUUCAAUGUCUUUUUUUUCUUUUACUCCUUUUUCAUUCCUUCAUUUUUCAAUAUUUUUUUUACUCGCUUUUUGUAAUUCCUUUCUUUGACAAUGUUUUUCUUUCUUCCCUUAUUUCAUCUCUUUCUUUUUCUUCAGUGUAUUUCUUUUCUUCCCUUUUAUUAUAUAUUUCCUUCUUCUUCCCUUAUUUUCCUUUUUUUUUUGUUCUUCACUGUUUUUCUUUCAUUCUAUUUUUCACACAUUUUCUCACUUUUGUGCUUAUUUUCUUUUUCUCUUAUUCUUUGUUUUCCUCUCUUUUUUGCUUUUCUUACAUUAAUAUCUUUGUCCUUUUUCUCCCUUUCCAUCUUUUCCUUCUCCUUAUUAUCUCCUUCUCUCUUUUAUUGUCAUUCAUUUUCUCUUUUUCUUUUCCCUUUCUCCUCAUUUUUUCCUUCUCACUUUUAUUGUCAUUCUUUAAUCUCUUUCACUUUUCCACCUGA